UAAAUAGGGGAUUCAUAUUAACAAUUUAACAUAUUAUCAAAGAGCGAGAUCAGAGAGAGAGAAAUGGAAAAGAAGAGUGCUUCACAAUUGGGGCUUGUGUUGUUUCUUCUGGUUGUUCUUUUGGUCCCAACCCAUACGGAGUCUGCUCUUCCUUCUCAACAAGAAUCACUCCUAGUGAUCGGAUCAAGGAAGUUGAUGAGUAGCUAUAAGACCAAUAGUAACAUAGAUUUUGGGGGAUCAAUCAGUGGACAAGCCGGUGGUGGUAAACAAAAUCCCUAGUUUACGUUUCUCCAUCGUCGUUCCCAAUUACUAUCGAAGCUACUAGACUUCAACUAUAUGUAUUAAUCAUCAUAUAUGAAUAAAAAAAAUAUUCUACGCAAUUACAAGUAUGUUUUUUUAGCCGAGACGCCUUUAUUAUAGUGAUAUCCUUGUGCAAAUCAUUUGGGAA